AUGGGCUUCACUCUCGACAUCUCUCGAUUAACUAGACCGUCAGAGCACGAAGUGAUUGAUCUGCCGGUCUUCUGGUCGACAUCAUAUCCUGCGAGACUGCUGACACGACACCCAGACCUGGCGCAACCCAAGCUCCUAUACCCCUACCAGCGUCUUCAUACGGCCAGGCACUAUCGCCUCCACAGCCCCUACAACGACAAUCGCAGUCAUCUCCAAACAGCCUACAGCCACCGCAUGAGCAGGCUGUGCAAGAAAGUGCGCCAAUAUCUCCCUGCGCUCGACUCCGUCCAUAUGGCCGUUUGCUUGAUGCAUAGUAUGCGAUUUAAGUUCAUGAAGACUGCCAAUGGGGUCACGGGUCUCACGGAUCGUUGGCCCGAUACACUUCUGCUUGGCAAAGGCGUUGCGGCAAGACGUUGGGCCAAGCAACCAAAUCCAAACGCAUGGCUGUAUGGUCAAUGCUUGGAUCGCGAUGGGCCAGGCGCAGAGGCAAUAAUGCAUGCCACCGAAGUCCUCGAUAUAGAGGUGUUCAUCUUUAGUGGGGUGGGACUGCCCGGGCAGAAUGCAAAACAACAGCGAAUAUCAGAGCGACAAAUGCUGACCACGCUUCUGGCCGCAGAAGAUCAUGUGGCGAUGUAA